GGCUAACUUGUUGCUAGGUGUUCGAGCUAAAGCUGCAUUUCCCUCUGGAGCUAACGGUCGCAGUCUCUGCGUCUGAAACAAAUGAAGGCGUUAAACGGCGGACUGUUGGGAUAAGUUAACCUCAUUUAAUUAAACGUUAUACACAGUUUAACUGAGUCUGUUAUCCUGCAAACAGACACGGAGCCAGACAGCUAGCUAGGCUAGGCUAGGCUAGUUAGCUUGGUUGGCUAACAGACACCUGAGCUAAUCAAUAAUAAGCAGAAUGGAUCUUUUCGACGACCUGCCAGAACCGACACAAACCUCCGGUCCAGUGUCAGCAGAGCUCACAGCUCGACCACAGGCCACCAAAGAAGAAGAAGAAGAAGAGGAAGCGGAGAAAAGGUUGAAACGAAAGCGAGAAGAUGCCGAGUGUCACGCUGAUCCCAGAGAGGAGCGAGGAGGGGGGGAGGUCAAGAAAGUUUGUAAAGAAGGCCUCCCCGUGCUGAAAGGCUACGUGGCGGCACGGCGCGGCGAGCGCGAGGAGAUGCAGGACGCUCACGUUCUGCUGCCGGACAUGAGCGUCUGUCUGUCGGCCCUGCCGGGACCAGUGUCUCGCGUCUCGUACUUCGCCGUGUUCGACGGUCACGGCGGCGCCCGAGCGUCCCGAUUCGCCGCGGAGCAUCUACACCACAACCUGGCCAAGAAGUUCCCCGUCGGGACGACACUGUCAACAGAGAACGUGGACAAGCUGAUAAAGAAAUGUCUCCUGGACACGUUCCGGCAGACGGAUGAAGACUUUCUGAGGAAAGCUUCCAGCCAGAAACCGGCGUGGAAGGACGGCUCCACGGCCACCUGCGUGCUGGUGGUGGACGACAUGGUGUACGUGGCCAAUCUGGGAGACAGCCGGGCGGUGCUGUGUCGGAUGGAGGCGACCGGAGCAGCAGACGGACAGAGGAAGUCGCUGACCCUGAAUCUGAGUAAAGAACACAACCCGACCAUCUACGAGGAGAGGAUGAGGAUCCAGAGAGCAGGAGGCACCGUCAGGGACGGCAGGGUGCUGGGCGUCCUCGAGGUGUCCCGGUCCAUCGGAGACGGCCAGUACAAACGCAUCGGAGUCAUCUCGUCCCCCGACAUGAGGAGGUUGCAGCUCACGGCCAAUGACAGGUUUAUCAUCCUGGCCUGUGACGGUUUGUUCAAAGUCUUUUCUGCUGAUGAAGCCGUUAAAUUUGUCCUCAACAUCCUGCAGUCCCCCCCGCCCCCCCUGCAGGAGCGGAGCGUGGAGCAGCGGCCGAGGCCGACGGGGAGGAGGAGGAGGAGGAGGAGGAGGUGGUGAGGUUUGAAGCUGCUUGCCAACAGUUGGCCAGUGAGGCGGUGAGGCGGGGCUGUGCCGACAACGUCACUGUGAUCCUGCUUUCAAUUGGCUUCUGAACACACACACACACACACACACACACACACAUCUCGCUGAUCUCCUCGUUGUCUCUUGUGUUUUCCAAUAAAAUGUUCUCUUUAUCUGGGCUGUAGAAGAGAUUUAA